AUGGCUCUUCUGUCCUCGAUACUGGCGCUCCGGCAAGAUAAACGCCUACUCAAGCUACCACCUUAUCUUUCCGCUCUCUGUAUAAUCAUCGGCAUAGGAUGGCUGCUGGUACUUCCGUUGAACGAUUACUCGCGAAGGACAUACGUUUCUGAGAAUGCGCUCCUUCCUGGACAAGUGCAUACGUACUUUACCGGCAGCGAGCACAAUGUCUUUCGAGCCUAUCGUCAUGAGGUUCACGGACUAAUAGACAAGCCUGUCGCAGAACGAUCUCAGCGACUCGAAGCUAUCUUCCGUGAACAGAACCUCAAAGUCGCAACCCAGCACUACAACUACACCGUCUCGAAUCGAACAAUCGCGAACGAAAAUGUCUACGCUAUCCUCCAGGGUCCCCGCGCAGACGCUACAGAAGCCAUUGUGUUGAUCGGAGCAUGGAAGAACAUGGCAGACGAGGUCAACAACUCUGGUGUCGCAUUGGUUCUCACAUUGGCGCGCUACUUCAAGCGCUGGAGUCUUUGGAGUAAAGACAUUAUUCUCCUCAUCCCUGGCGAUAGUACAAUCGGAUCGCAAGCUUGGGUCGAUGCGUACCACGAGGCACACGACACGCGUUACGUUGAGAGCUUGAAGAUCAAGAGCGGGGCAUUGCAGGGUGCUGUUGCGGUAGACUAUCCUGCUGGUCCUUGGGGUCACCGAUACGAUAAACUCCACGUUGUGUAUGAUGGCAUAAACGGUCAGCUUCCCAACUUGGACCUGUUCAACACCGCAGUGCAAAUCGCCUCCGGUCAGAUGGGUAUUGGCUGCGUGAUUCAGCGCAUGUGGGAGCACAAGGACUCAUACAAGGAACGACUCCAGACUAUGCUUCGAGGUAUGCUCUCGCAAGGUAUCGGCCAUGCAACUGGACCUCAUUCGUCGUUCAUUCCAUAUCACGUUGACGCUGUUACGUUGGUGACAGUCGGAGACGGCUGGCAUGACGAAAUGUCGCUUGGAAAGACGGUCGAAUCGCUUUUCCGGAGUUUGAACAACCUCCUCGAACACCUGCACCAGAGUUUCUUCUUCUAUCUCUUGUUGCAAGAUAAGCGUUUCGUCAGCAUUGGCACAUAUCUUCCCUCAGCAAUGUUGAUCGCCAUCAACUUCAGCAUUGCGGCAAUGGCAUUGUGGGUGAAAAGCGGACGUAUUACAAAGCCCAUUGCCAAUCCCGCCGCCACAAAGCCCAAAAAGGCGUCUUUGGAGAAGUCCUUGCCAGCAGACACCAAGGCAGCCGAGAAGGACACUACCAAAGACGAGCUCAACAACAAGGACGCGAAACCGGAGACCAAGGAACCAGAAAGCAAAGAAAAAUCUAACCCCGAAGAACCGGCAACUAAGCUCGUUGAACAAGACGGCUCCCUAGCUAUCGUCCCCACCGCCAGCACCACAGUAACAGAACGCCACCUCCUUCUGCCCCUCGUUCUUGUCCUCGCGGCCCACGCCUCAGGCCUCGUCCCCCUAUACCUGUUCAACAACUGGGAUGCCGACCACCUCCCCAAUCUCUUCCUUACAACCAGCAAUCUAACCACGCUCGCCCCAAUCACCAUAACCUUCCUCUUCUGGUGGUCUGCCCCCGACGUGUUAACACCACAAGCCCUCUGUCUGCUCCAAUGUUUCUCCUUGCUACUUCUAGGCAUGUUUCUUGCAGCGCUGGCGACGCUCAACUUUAGUCUGAGUGUCUUGGUCGGCGUCCUGUGCGUGCCGUUGAGUUUUGUACGCAGGAGUAGUAAGAGCGGGGUUACGGGGCUGCAGUUGCUGGUGCUGGCCAUGAUGAACCCAGUUCUAGUUGUGCAGACUGCGACCAAGUUGCUGGGAGCAAAUAUGAUGGAUGUACUUGUGCAGAGCGCGAUUGGAUGGCAUGUUUGGGGCAUGUGGACGCAGGUUGUUGUUUGGUUGGUUUGGUUCCCUGCGUGGCUUGCGGGAGCUGUGGUGGUUUCGACUGGGUUUUGGGAGUCGAGGCCAGAGAGGGGUUGA